AUCGCCCACCAUUAUUUAUGUUUCAUAUUUGAUCAUUCCACCAUUGCUCUCAUCAUAAUCAUUUAUUUGUUGAAAGUGCUCAAGCAAAGAUCAAACAAUGAGCUUGACAUAUACCGAAAACCUUUCAUUGACAUUCGAUUCGAGCAAUGAUGCUCGAUUGGAUUUUUUCUUCCAUGUUAUUGAAGGUUCCAGUCCUGAACGUACUGUCGAACUAUUGGAAAAAUCAUGGUCACAAUCACCAUUGGAUACGAUGAAAAUGAUAAUCAAUUGUCGUGAUAUUCGUGGCGGAAAAGGAAUCCGUCCACAGGCAUUGAUUUGCUUACAAUGGCUUUAUAAAAAUCAAUUCAAUAAUCUUAUGCUUAAUUUGGUCCAUUUUGAUGAAUUCGGUUGCUGGAAAGAUUAUCUAAAUCUAUUGUUGAUCGCUUUGUUCGAUGUUCUACCAAAUGAUGUUGAUACCUCCAAAAAGAAGGAUAAAAAACUUUAUACACACAUUAACCCGUUUGAUACUGUCAUAUUACGAUCUUUUCCAAAAACGAAACGACAAGAAUUGGAAAUGAUACCAACUGUUUGUCGUCAAGUUGAACGUAAAUUCGUCGCUAAUGAUGAAUCGAAAAAAAUAGUUCGACAAAUUAUUACUGAACGUCAUCUUGAUGGAAAGAAAUUCGAAUAUAAAUUAUUGAAUAAUUAUUUUCCGAAGAUGGAUUAUAAAGUUGAAAAAUUUCAUUAUAAAAUCAAGACUAAUAAAGCCAAACUGAAAAAAUUGAAUGAAUAUCGAUUGGAAUAUUUCAAUAAAUUUUAUGAAAAUGAUAAGAAAUUUCAACAGCUUUAUGACAGAAUUGUUGACCUGUUUGCACAACAACUAUCAAAAGAUUAUGGUCAUUUCAAGGAAGAAAAAUUCAGCAAAUUAUCAUUGGCUUCCAAAUGGCUACCAAAUCGUGGUCGAUUUUUUGAUAAAUAUCUCUUCAUUUUGGGACCUGUUGCUAAGAAAUUUUUCGAAUUGAAGUCAGAAACCUUAAACGAAAUCGAUGCAACCAAACGUGGUGAAGAAAAACAAUGGAUUCGAUUAUUAACACGCAUAUGUACCGAAAUGAGACGUAAACUUCAGGUGCCUGAGGUUUUCAUGUCUUCCAAAUCAUGGGAAUCGAUCGAUUACAAACAUGUACCAUCAAUGGCCAUGCUACGAUAUCGUCAAGCAUUUAUUCGAAGUGAUCACGAACGAUUCAAUGAAUUUAUUGGCACCAAAUCAUUAAAUUCAGGCGCUUUGACUCCUGCUGAUCUAGUCAAACAAGUUAUGGAUGGUACUGUCCUCGGUGUUGAUCUUUUCUAUGAGCAAAUGCCAGAGAAUCUUGAUGAAGAAAAGUUAACAGCACUGAAAGCUAUCGAUAAUCAAUGGAAAUCUCUUGUUGAUAAUGUUCGUUCAAACGGAACACUAUUAUUCACCAAUACGUUGGCCGUAUGUGAUGUGAGUGGUUCGAUGUGUAUGUCAUCGCAACUCAUUAAACCAAUACAUGGAGCUAUUGGAUUAACGUUGUUCAUCAUGGAAAUCGCUGAUAAGGCUUGGAAUAAUCGUUGUGUUUCAUUUUCCUCAACUCCUUCAUUUCAUUCAAUCGAUAUGACCAAAUCGUUGGCUGAUCGUUGUAAACAAAUGGUUAGUUGUGAUUGGGGAAUGAGUACCGAUUUGAACAAAGUCUUUGAUUUGAUAUUAAACUAUGGCAAAGAGAAAAAUUUGACUAAUGAACAAAUGCCAAACAUAUUGUUCAUAUUUUCCGAUAUGGAAUUCGAUUCUGCUCUUUGUGAAAAGACUAAUUAUGAGAGUUGUAGAUUACAAUAUGAACUAGCUGGUUAUCGAUUGCCAUUCAUCAUAUUUUGGAAUCUAAAAGGUGAAAAAGCAAGCAAAUCAACUCCAGUAAGAUCCAAUCAAGAUGGUGUCAUACUAUUAUCUGGUUUUUCGGCACAGACAUUUAAAUUUUUAUUAAGCGUCAAGGAUUUGAAUGAAUUAUCACCUUUAGCUAUGCUAUUGAGAAUUAUCAAUGAUCCUCGAUAUGAUUGUAUUAAAGUUGAAUGAUUGAAUUAAUUAAUAAAAUUUAUGUUUUUUUUUUG